UCCGGCUGGGCCAUUAUUUUGUCCUCCUCAAGCUUCAAAUGAACAACAGGCUAAGCGUUCCUUGAAAUGAAUUAAAUAUUAAUAGACGACAGAAGCAUUAUAUCUCCUUACUCAUCACGGCAGACAUAAAUGGAGUCUCUCGGUUAAUAGGUUGUUGUCUCGCCGGGCUCUUCAGUCCUCCGGUGGACUUGGAGGCCGAAAACAGAGCGCGGAGUGACAGCCCCGUUAAAGCCAGCAGAUUGGGUGUUUAUCCAGUUGGCUAGCCACCUAGCUAGCUUCCUAGACAGCUAAGAGGGGAGGAAAAAAACCCCGAAAGGACCAUUUGUUAAGCUCGGAAAGGGAGAGCUCUGGCUGUCCCUGUCCUGUCCAACCUGCAGAGGGAAUGGCACAUCUUCGAGACAUGCAAAACCAGAAUACCCGGUUGGACCCCGAGGAGUACUUCACCAAGCAGGAGCGUAUUGGGAAGGGUUCCUUCGGAGAGGUCUACAAAGGAAUCAACAAUCGCACAAAGGAGGUGGUGGCGAUUAAAAUCAUAGACCUGGAGGAGGCAGAGGACGAGAUCGAAGACAUUCAACAGGAGAUCACAGUACUGAGCCAGUGUGAUAGCCCUUUUGUUACCAAGUAUUAUGGAUCAUACCUGAAGGGGACCAAGCUGUGGAUUAUCAUGGAGUAUUUAGGUGGAGGAUCUGCUCUGGAUCUCCUCCGUCCAGGGCCUCUGGAAGAGACUUACAUUGCUACUAUAUUGAGGGAAAUACUGAAGGGGCUGGAGUAUCUGCACUCUGAAAGGAAGAUCCACAGAGAUAUCAAAGCUGCCAAUGUGCUCUUGUCGGAGCAAGGCGAGGUGAAACUGGCGGAUUUUGGGGUGGCCGGACAGCUGACAGACACCCAGAUUAAGAGGAACACAUUCGUAGGCACACCUUUCUGGAUGGCUCCAGAGGUUAUCAAACAGUCCGCGUACGACUUCAAGGCUGAUAUUUGGUCUCUGGGAAUCACUGCGAUUGAGUUGGCUAAAGGGGAACCUCCCAACUCAGAUUUACACCCCAUGAGGGUCCUUUUCCUCAUCCCGAAGAACACACCACCCACACUUGAGGGACCUUACAGCAAGCCCUUCAAAGAGUUUGUGGAGGCUUGUCUAAAUAAAGACCCUCGUUUUAGGCCAACAGCCAAAGAGCUCCUAAAGCACAAAUUCAUCACACGCUACACCAAGAAGACGGCCUAUCUGACGGAGCUGAUUGACCGCUACCGCCGCUGGAAGUCGGAGGGACACGGGGAGGAAUCGAGCUCCGACGACUCAGAUAUGGAUGCUGAUAGUGAUGUGGAUUCGAGUCCCAUGUGGACCUUCCCUACAGUCAGACCCAGCUCUAUGAACAAGUUACAGAAGGGCUACACACACACAGAUUCAGAGUCAGGAGAUUUGGUGAAAAGGCAACCCAAGUCACAAUGCUUGUCGGCUUUGGUAACACCUAUCUUCAGAGAGUUAAAGGAGAAGCGGCGGGCGAGUGGCGGGGGCGUAGGAGCCAUUGAGGAGCUGGAAAACGCCUUCAACCUGGCCGAGGAGUCCUGUCCGGGCAUCUCCGACCGCCUUGUCACACACAUGAUGGAGAGAGUGUGCAGGUUUUCUUUAAAUGGUAACACCACUCAGUCUUCGCGGUGAAACCCCAGCUGGAUGUAACUUAACCCUGCUCCCUUUUCUGUCUCCCGGACCUUUCAAACAUCUCAGAUAAGGACCACAGAAGACCCCCCAACCCCCCUCGUAUCUUUGCACCCUUCCCAGUCCUGUUCCCCAAGAGAUCUUUUAAUUAGUUAUAAUUAAAUAUUUUUACAGUUUUUCUUUAAGAGCGGAGAGUAUUUAAAACAAAAAAGCCAUGACAUUUAGAGCGUUGUGUAUACCUGUUAGAUUGAGAAGAAAAUAAACUAUAAUAAA